CCAAUAUUAUAAAGGCCCCAUUGUUAGUUAAAUGGAUGUUGACUCACUAGUCAUUGACUUCCAUUCCAAGCAUGCAAGACCUUACUAGCUUCAAAACAAAUUUGCAACAUGAUGUACCUACCUAUUGCAUCUAAAUUGGAGUAUGGCAUUAUGAGUCUUCUUACAUGUUAGUAAGUUUUUUAUAUUAAUAUUCUUCUAUUUCAGAACAUCAAAUAAUGCUAAACAAUGUUCAUAGUCCCAAUUCCAUUGUCACUUUUUUCUUAAUUUUAUACCUUUUCCAGAGCUUUGGAUCCUCUUCCAAUGCCAGGUUUGUAAGUACAAAUGAAAUUGAAAAUGAAGAGCCUGCCAGCAACCCCACUAAGGAGUGGGACAGCCUCAUCUUCUCCCAGCAGUGGCCCAUCACAAGUUGUAUUGCUCAUAAGGAAAGCCAUCAUGGAGCUGCUUGUCGGAUCUACAAAAAUGUCACCACUUGGACAGUGCAUGGUCUCUGGCCAAGCAUAUCAGGAAGUCGCAAUGGACCCCAAUUCUGCAAUAAAUCCUGGCCUUUCAUUGAAUCAAGAGUGGCAGACAUAGAGCCGCAAUUACUCAAGUAUUGGACUAACAUUUUCAAAGACACUGGGAAACUUUCGCUGUGGCAGCAUGAAUGGUCAAAGCAUGGCACAUGUGCUGCAUCUGAGCCUCAACUGGGCAAUGAACAUAAGUACUUUAGCAAAGGGUUGCAAUGGGUGCGGAAGUAUGACCUGCUCGAUGUCUUAUCAUCUCAUGGCAUCACGCCCAGCACUGAGACUACCUACACCUCUGAAGCGCUGUUUUCUGCCAUAACGUCUUCCUUUGGAACAGAUCCCAUCAUCAACUGUGUCUAUGAUAAGGAGACGAAGACGCAGUUAGUGUCCCAAAUCAAGUUGUGUUUUCACCGCAACCUGACUUUGGUGUCGUGCAACGAGGUUCUUGGGUACCGUGGUCCCCACAGGGGCAACUGCCCCCCCACCGGAGUGUACUACCUGCCCACCGUCAGCAAUGUAACGUCGCCUACGACUCAAGCUCCACCGACACACGCACCCCAAGACCGUGACAAGCAGCCGUGCAGCACCCCUCUCUGCCAGGCCAUUUACGCCGCCUACGCCCUCAGCAUCGUCCCUCUCUAGCCUCACAUGUACGCAGCCUACGCCCUCAGCAUCGUCCCUCUCUAGCAUCAAAUUUACGCUGCCUACGCCCUCAGCACCGUCCCUCUCUAGCCUCACAUGCACGCAGCCUACGCCCUCAGCAUUGUCCCUCUCUAGCCUCACAUGUACGCAGCCUAUGCCCUCAGCAUUGUCCCUCUCUAGCCUCACAUGUACGCAGCCUAU